GGAAGGAAGGAUUUGCUACCACCGGCACCAGCACGUAUCGCAUCACAGCUUUGGCCGGCAGGCGGUGCAAGAGCUAAGCCCCAUAUAGCGAGAUCAGAAUCAGACGAGAGGCCGGCUAGGUCGUCUGCUCCGGCGAAAUGGCGCUCAACUACAUGGGCGCCGCGGCCAUCAACGCGGUGGCGGCCCUGCUGUCCAUCCCGGUGAUCGCGGCCGGCAUCUGGCUCUCCACGCAGGCCGACAACGCCUGCGUCCAGAUCCUCCAGUGGCCACUCGUCGGCCUCGGCGUCGCCGUCCUCGCCGUCGGCCUCGCGGGCUUCAUCGGCGCCUUCUGGCGCCUGCCCUGGCUCCUCCUCGCCUACAUGGUCCUCAUGCUCCUCCUCGUCGCCGCGCUCGCCUGCCUCGCCGUCUUCGUCUUCGUCGCCACCACCGGCACCUCCGGCCGCCCCGUGCCCAGCCGCGCCUUUCUAGAGUACGACCUGGCCGACUACUCCGGCUGGCUGCGCCGCCGCGUCGCCGACGAGCCGGGGAGGUGGGACGAGAUCAAGACGUGCCUGGCCGCCACCGCGCCCGUCUGCUCCGAGCUCAACCAGACGUACGCCGCGCCGCAGGACUUCUUCGCCGCCUGGCUCUCCCCGAUGCAGUCCGGCUGCUGCAAGCCGCCGACGAGGUGCGGCUACACCUUCGUCAGCGCGACCAACUGGAUCAGCCCGAUCGACGGCGCCGCCGACCCCGACUGCGCUGCCUGGAGCAACGACCAGGACCGGCUCUGCUACUCCUGCGACUCCUGCAAGGCCGGCCUACUGCAGAAUCUCCGCCGGGAGUGGCGCCGCGCGGACGUCGUCCUCGCCGUCACCGUCGUUGCCCUCCUUGCAGUCUACGCCAUGGGCUGCUACGCGUUCCGCACCGCCAGGACGGACGAGCUCUUCCGCCGCUACCGGCAGGGCUACACGUGAUUUAAUUUAUUUCUGGAUCCAGCGUGUCACAUUUCCUGAAAAUUUACAUACAUUUGUAAGAUGCACCCAAUGUGUAUGAGACUAUGAGUUUGUCCGGCAGAUUUUCAGAAAUCAUUACCAAUCUAAAGCUAAGCCAAAGUGUAUCUGUGUCGAAAACCGAAAAUAGUGUGCUUUUUUUAACACAGUACAAUUAAAGUUGCUCACAUAUACGAGUAUGCACUCACGCCCCUGAACGCACGCGCACCCACACACUACCCCUAUGAGCAUCUCCGAGAGACUGAGUUGGAAUAGCGUCUUGAGAUUCUACACCAUAGACGCCUCGCAGUCAACGAUAACGUCUUCUCCAACUGAACAAACAUCGCCAAAAGUCUGAAAUAAAUCCAGAAAUAACGCGAGCACCAAUGUCAAAUCUAAGACUUGAACCCUGUUGGGCUAGGAAUACAACUGUCCUUCUAACCAUUCAACCACAGGUUGGUUCAAAAAAAAAUUACAACAUGUUUGACUACUCUGGGGAAAGGGAAUGAAAAAUAGAAAAUUUAUAGUGGGGAUUUUUUGCUCAAUACAAAAGUUCAAAUUGAAGCAUCUAUAAUCGCAUCAACUGAGUUUCAUUUUACAAUAACCACAAUUUCCUUAGCAAAUUGUCACCCCGAAGAAGAAAAUGUAUGAGAGGGCCUCUAAAACGCCCCAGGUCCUGCCCUACAGAGUCAGAUGACACAAAUCUCGGAUACCCCAAUGAGAUCGAGACUGUCCAAACUUUAUCGGUCAGAACUGUAGCUGGAGGACCAAGUAGGACAGCAAGACCGAGACAAACAUGGAAAAGAAAACGCCGGACUCGGAGAAUCAGACCUGUUUCACAGCCUUCCGACAUUACGAGGAAGCAUCUCCGAAUCCGGGCAAGGCAGAGAGACCUUAUUCCACGCCCGGCGGCACCAUCAUCUCGCUGCCAGUGAAUGGAGACAUAUCCUAA